AUCGUUAUUAAUUUGGAAUUUGGGGUUAAACCUUGACCGAACCAAAACAGUGAUAUUUGUAUAAUCGUCAAUUACAUCAACAAUCAGUGUAGGUUUAAUUGAUGUUCGCCAAACUUAAAAUUUUAUUUUUAUCGAAAUUUUUUGCUCAGAGAGCUUUUCGGAGGGUAUCAAACUUACAUUACUUAAACAGAGGUUAUCGCGCGACUUUGAAGAACAGUGGCUGCAUUGAAAUAGCGAAACAAGCAUUAUGCAAAACCAGAAUCCUAUCACUAAGAGAAGUCAUCACGAAGAAUGAAGCAGCAUUAUCAAUCGAUAAGAAAAAAAAUACAAGUAUUUUAAAUAUUUUAUGGGAAAUCGUAUUACUUACGUUGCGUGUUAUUGUGAUAACAGUCGUCGUUUUCGCAUUGCUAACAUUUUAUUGGCUCAAUAAAUUCUUCGGUCUCAAGACGCUUCCCAUCGUUUAUCUGAAAGCCUUAGAAUUCCUUGGCCCCACCUUCACGAAGCUAGGACAAUGGAUGUCUACGCGACGCGACUUGUACCCUGAAGAGUUUUGCUCAUGUUUAUCGCGGCUUCAACGUAACACAUCGGCACACUCGUGGUUCUACACGAACCACGUGCUUGAGACGACCUACGGUCCCGAAUGGCAUCGACUCUUUGUCAAGAUAGACCGCGUCCCCAUAGGUUCAGGCUGUUGUGCCCAAGUACAUCGGGCACUCCUGGAUGUGAACUAUUGCAAUAGUUACGAUUACGUGAAACAAAGAUCGCAAACUUCCGCUUUUGUAGAGGUUGCUGAACAUUUUCACUUCGGACACAUUGCCGAUAACCUAGGCAGAAUCUUGCGAGUAGGUAUAGAAAAAACAAUCGUAUCAGUAUCUCCGGGCGAUGUGAGACCAGUCGCUAUAAAAAUUUUGCAUCCUUGCGUCAAGGAUCGACUGAAGCGCGAUCUGUUUAUUUUACGAUUACUUUCCAAGUGUGUAACUUGCUUCGUGCCAAGUCUCGAAUGGCUCAACGUCACUGAUUGUAUAGAUGAGUUUUCUCAGAUCAUGGAAAAUCAAGUUAACUUGGAAAUCGAAGCUGACAACCUAGUGAAAUUUUCGCAACACUUCGCGACGAGACCCGACGUACAAUUUCCGCAACCAUUUCGCAAUCUAUCUUGCAAUCAAAUAUUGGUGGAAAGCUUUCACGAGGGUCGUCCGAUCGACGAAUACGUGCACGAAAAAGACUGCGUGCUGCGCCAACAACUCGCUAAGAUAGGACUGAAGGCAGUAUUUAAAAUGAUAUUUGAAGACAACUUUGUUCAUUGCGAUCUCCAUCCGGGUAACAUCUUGGUUCAGGAGAGGCCCGACGGUGAACCGCUCGAAUCGUCUAUUAGCACGAGUCUCCGCAUUGUGAUUCUCGAUUGCGGUCUGGUGACCGAGCUAAGCGAAUCGUGCCGCAGGAAUUUUCGCGAAGUCUUUCGAUUCGUAGUCGCCGGAGACGGUAAGAGGGCCGCCGAUCUGAUGAUGAAUCACAGCGCUCACAAGUCUCCUGAUCCGGUGGGAUUCAUGGAAACCAUGGAUAAGAUUGUCAAGAACCAUCUGCGCAGAGGAGUUAAGCUAGAAAAUAUAAACGUGGGUCACGUAAUGUCGGAACUGUUCUCGGCGAUGGUGCGCUAUCAGGUCAAGCAGGACGGUUCAUUUAGCAGCGUCAUCCUCGGCAUGGCGGUGAUCGAGGGUCUAGGUCGCAGCCUCGAUCCUAAUAUCGACUUGAUACGCGAACUUUCUCCGUUUCUCUUCUCUGCCAAGCUCGGCGACUUUUGAAUGCGGUGAGUUACUGCGUUUAUAAUUUUGCCAAACGCCUGUAAUUAUUUUUCGAGAACCAUUGCGGUAAAAAGUUUUAAGUUAGAUUCUCCAAAUUUUAAUGAUACAUGCAACGCGUGCAUAGAAAAAAAAAAGAAAGCGAUGUCCGCUCAGAAUGAUCGAAACAAUAAAAAAGAAGCAUCGACGCUCUGUAAGAUGAUACAAAAAUA